CCACCAAACCCAAGAAUGGAUCCUCCACCACCCACCACCGCCCUCCACCACCAUUACCAAGACUCACUAGAAUCCUCCUCCGUCUCCUCCCCCACCAGCCGCCAGUGGGACGAAACUCUACCACCACCAAAACUCCGAAUGAUGUGCAGCUUCGGUGGACACAUCAUCCCUCGUCCCCACGACAAAUCCCUCUGUUACAUGGGCGGUGAAACCCGGAUUGUUGUCGCCGAUCGCCACACUUCACUUGCAGACCUUUGCUGCCGCCUCUCCACCACCCUCCUCAAUGGCCGCCAGUUCAGCCUCAAAUACCAGCUCCCAAGUGAAGAUCUUGAUUCACUUGUAUCUGUCUCCACCGAUGAAGAUCUGGAUAACAUGGUGGAAGAAUAUGAUCGGUUGAAUGCAUCUAAUCCCUCAGCAAAACCCGCUAGAUUGAGAUUAUUCUUGUUCCUAUCAAAACCCGAAACUGCAGCUUCCAUGGGAUCGUUACUUGACGAUGCAAAAUCUGAAACGUGGUUUGUUGAUGCAUUAAACGGCGCCGGACUGCUCCCUAGAGGGUUGUCGGAUUCUGCCACCAUUGAUAACUUACUUGAACAUAAAGAUGGGACAACUCAAGAGGAUAGAGAUAACUACACGGAAUCUGAGAUGCAACGUCGUCGUUUAGAUGUGCAGCUAAAUUUGCCGGAUUCUCCGUUGGUGGAAACAACGUCGUCGUUUGGAUCUAGCUCUUCAUCUCCUUCAAUGUCGAAUUUGCCGCCAAUCAAGGUGAGGGUGGAUCAGAUGAAUCAGAUGGCGGGACUGGAUGAGCAGUUGUCACAGUUGAAUGUGAAUGUUCUUCCGCCGCCUGUUCCUGUGAAUAACGUCGGCGGUUGGGCUGCUGUAGUGACAUCCGCCGGAGGUGGCACGACUGUUUCGGAUGAUGAGAGAUCCGAUCACGGAGCACUCAGUGGUGGGAUGAGGAAGCCGCCGUUGCCGCUUCAGCCUGUGCAAAGGAAGUUUGGUCAUGAUGCUUACAACUUGCCUUCGCCAGACUCGAAGCACGGUGGCGCGUAUGGAUUACACUCGCCUGAUUCCAUAGCCAGUGAUAGCAGCAUUGCAUCGGCAAACUGUCACUCGAAGUCCACAUUCACUCAAGAUCCAAACCCCUCGUUAACCAGAGACACCGGAACUCCACCAGCAACCACCCAACAAGUCUACUCCACCACCACCGCCGCCACCAUGUCCACCAUGAACUACCAAAUCCCAAUCCAACAAAUCCCUGAUUACGCUGACACACAACCACCGCCACCACAACAACAACAACUUAACCAAGAUCAACAACAACAAUUCUAUCAAACUCGACCACAUUACAUCCACAACCAGCCACCGCCACCCGGUUCAUCUUACUAUCCAGUCUACGCCCCACCACCACAAAUGGACCACCAACAAUACCCGCUCUACUUUCUCCCAGUAUCGCAAAACCACCAAUACGGUAUGCAAAUGCAGUCCAACCCACCGGAUGCCGCCACCAACCCCACCGCCAUUCCAUCUUCUGCCGCCGUCCCCCCACUUUACCCAACCAAAACCGCUGUCCAGAUGAGUACAACACCAGGGAUGAUUCAAAUCCCAAGCAACCAAUUCCAACAGCAGUAUGUGAAUGUCUCUCAAAUCCCUCAUCAUCCUCCUACACCAUUGCCGAAUUCGAGUGGUGGAAAGUACGGAUAUGAAUACGCCCACCCGACCCAAGACCAGGUUUAUUACUCGAACCACCACUCAGUGGCUGCACCGUUGCCUUCACAGUAUCAGACCAUGUCUCCGGCAUCAGCCAUGUUGUUGACGCAAGUGUCGCCGCCUCAGCAACCGACAUCGGAAAGUGCCAAACAGUAGUCGGAAUUGAGCCGGAGGGAAUCUCUAAAAUGGAAUUGAUUUGGGAAUAGAAAUGAAGAAACUAAUAUCAUCUUCGAUCGGUGGAAUAUGAUGGACGCCAAGGCUUAGGUGUGGCUUAUCUUAGGGCUCAUGAGGUGAUGUGUUUAAUAAUUUGAAAGUAUUGGUUUGGG